CGUGUCGAUCAUCCUCUGUCCCGUAGUGUGAUGAGGGGGAGUGGGGCCGCCGCUGCGAGAGGGACCGCGGGCAUGUAGGACUCGCCAGUGAUAAGUGAAGUUAGUGGAGCGGCUGUUACAAGCGGGACAGACACGUGGUGGCUCGGGUGGCGCGGCAGGCGUGGGACAGGGCGUUCGGGGCGGCUGUGCUUGCGUUCUCGCCUCUGUCGUCGUCCUCACGUUGCAGAAGACGCUCGGAAACCUCGCUCUGGUGAUGGUGUUGACGAACAGAGAAAAGGAAGGCCAAUGGAGAUAAUUUUCUGCGGAGGAACGAGAGAGAAAGAGAUAAAGAGCGAGUGGGGAAGAUCUGUUGGGUGCAGUUCCAGAAAUAGCCAUGAGCGGGGCGGCGUGACCCUCCGCGGGGCGAGGCAGCGAGAGUAAACAAGCACCGCAAAACAUGAGACAGACAUCGUCAUCGACAAGACCUCCGCCGUCGCCUUCUUCGGCGGCGGUUACACUGGCGGUGUUGUUGUGGCUCGCGGUGACGUCAUCCUCCCUCCCAGACGACCUUCCCGUGACGUCACCGAACAUCUCGCCCGCCGCCGCCGCCGCCGCCGCCGCCAAGUUGCCUGAUCCGCUUCCCAGCCCGUGGAGAGCGGGGCGACUCGGCGACGAGGGCCAGCGGGCACUCCCCGACGGCGCCCGACGAGCGCAGGAGAGGCGAGGCGAGAGAGGGGAAGCGGGGGGCGCGAGCGACUCUGCGAGCGAGGGGAGAGAGGAGGAGGGGAAUGGGACGCGAGGCGACGCAGAGAAAACGGGGAAGCGACUCUGGGGAGAGACUUGGCUAGAGAGGAACGUGUCCGAAGUGUCGUCCAUGACUGCCAGUCACGAAAGAUCAUUAGGGCGCCAGAUACGGAGGGCGCCGAGGUUCCACCGUCAGCUCGGAAUCGUUCUGGUGCUGACGGAGGUGAAAGUGUGGGCUUACGGGAACGAGAUCACCGUCAGCUCAAACCGACACGAGACGCUGAACAACUUCGAAACUUACCGGGAUAAGUUGCUGAAGGAGGAACCGCACCUGGCCAAUGAUAACACCGCCCUUAUCACGAGACAGGCUUUCGAGAACGCUGGCGGCUUGGCUUUUACGGGAAUGAUGUGCAAGGACGGCCUCUCCGCAGUGUUAGUCCGAGAUGACGACAGAAGCUCGGGCCUCAUCGGGCACAUCCUGGCGCACGAGUUGGGGCACAGCUUGGGCAUGAAACACGACGAGGAGGAGGAGGAGGGGGGCGCAGGGGAAGGCUGCGGGUGUCGGGCGGGGGCCUGCCUCAUGAAGAAGUCUGUGCCGCACAAGUACGACCCGACCCAGACCUGGAGCCUCUGCAGCCGCCAGUACCUCCGGAAGCAGAGGCAGAGCAACACGCUCGGCUGCCUCGCGAACAUCCCGACGAAGCCGUUCCCGGGGGCGAGCUGCGGCAACGGCAUCGUGGAGGAGGGGGAACAGUGCGACUGCGGCCUGCCCGAGUUCUGCCGCAACCGCUGCUGCGACGCCGCCACCUGCAGGCUCACGGCCAACGCCACCUGCGCCUCGGGGGCCUGCUGCGACACGGACACGUGCAAGCCCCGCCCUGCAGGAGCGGAGUGCAGGGCGGCCCGCGGCGAGUGUGACCUGCCCGAGUUCUGCCACGGGAACUCGGAAACCUGCCCAGACGACCUGCACAAGCGCGAUGGCACUCCCUGCAUGCACGAGAGGGGCCACUGCUACUCGGGGCGGUGCGGCAGCCACGACGGGCGGUGCCGCGAGGUGUGGAGCCAACCCACGUGGGCGGCCAGUCCUACCUGCUUCGCCCGACUCAACACGGAGGGCUCGGAGGAUGGCAACUGCGGACUCCAGCGCAACCAGUUCGUUCCGUGCGAUCGAGACUCGGUCAUGUGUGGCACCCUGCACUGCACUCCCCGUGACACCUCUCUGACGGGGCUGCCUUGGUACCACUACAACUACACGAGGGAGGUGGAGUCGACCCGCUGUUCCUUCGUCAUCGGCGCCGAAAUAUACCCGAGCUCGCACUGGCUCUCUCCCGACGGGGCCAAGUGCGCGGAGGGAAAGAUGUGCGUCAACCAGAGGUGCGUCGCCGUGCCCGCCGCCGACGGAGCGAGGCAAUGCCCGGGCAACUGCUCCGGGCACGGCGUCUGCAACAACAAGAACCAGUGCCACUGCGACCCCGGCUUCACUCCCCCGGACUGUGCUAGGCCGGGCAUGGGGGGGUCUGUGGACAGCGGGCCGGCCUCGAGACCGAGCAGAGAUGGAAGCACCGCCGCUCUCGUGCUGUGCGUGCUGUUCGUCUUACUGCUGACUCUGGCUGCAGCUCUGUUCUGCGCCUGGGGGAGACUCCGGCGCUGCUGGGAGAAGCAAGGUCGCGAGAAAGUGUCCGCCAUCGCCCCUCGCUGCGCCUCCUGCAUCGACACCUGCUGCUGCCCCCUCGUGUCCAAGAUCACCCACUGGAUGGUCACCGUCGGCCCCCUCGGGAAGCGGCCACGGACCUCCCGGAAAGAAAUCCACACCGUCGACGUAUCGACGGCCACGGAGAGCGGAAGGACGAUCUGCCAGGUCGACCUAGACUUCGAGGGUCGGCAGCGCUCGAGGACGAACUCGUGGGGAGUCGCGAACGAGCGCUUGGUCACCGAGAUCGUCACGCUCGAGCCAAAGAAUUCACCGGAGCUGCACCGAAAAGUCCAGCUCCCCUCCGACUCCUCAAGCCUCAAGUCGGUGGAUUCCUUGAAGCGUCCGAAGUACAUGCAGUCUGUGUCUGUGGACUCGGGCUGCGUCCUGGACGCGGACGAGAACAGCCUCAAAGAUUCUCAGUCUUCGAAUGUCUCCAUGAGGAGCUUAGUCAGCCUGUUUAGCAAGUUCGGCACGAAGGGGCAGGGCGCCGAGCCGGACAAGGGAAGUCGAAGGUCCGUCACCAUGGGGGAGGAAAAGGCCAUGCCUUUGAGCCGCAUCGUCGUGGAUCCUUAUAUCAACAAUCGGCGAUCGAGACACGGAACACCCCCGCCCAUCCCCACGCAACCGCCCGUGGCCCUGCGUCCAGCCUACGGCCGUUCCAUCUCGACGGACGUCCCUGCUUCUCGAGGACGGCCUGCACAGCCUCCCCCGAUGCCUCCUGCCAACACAAAGCCCAACCAGGGCCGCCACAGCAUUCCCGACGCCCACUCGAAGCUGGCGUCGAAUCUCUUCAUCCAAACCGAGAAUCAGAAGCGGAGGACAAGCAGUUCGAGUUCCUGCGACAGCGUCCAGUCCAACGGGCGCGUCCGGCCCGUCGCUCUGACUGCGAGCACCCAAGACAACGAUAAGAAAACACCGAUGAAGCCACCUGCAGUUCCGCGACCGACCUCACGAACGUCUCCUGCCCGAGAGCCUCCUUCUCUACCUCCGCUCGCAGAAACCUCAGAGACGAACGCGAAGAAGCCCCUCAGACUGAGCCAGCAGGCGAUCCCUUCAGCUGCUGCUGCGAGGCCGCCCUUCCACUCAGCGGGCAGGGGGGUUGGGGGCAGCAGCACAGCAAGGACGCACGGCGCAAGGCCAGAGCCAGGAAAGCCAGGCAAAGCUGAUUCUCAAAAUACCGCCAAGAACAAAAAGGUGAUGGACCUCGCGCGGAAGUUCGAACAGAAAUGAUUUCGUCUGGAUAUUUUCUUGCGUUGAAGUUUGAAGUGACCUUAGACAUUUUUCAUCUAUUUAUUUGUCCACUAUUUAUUUAUUAAGCUCACAGAAACACGAAGCUGCAAACCACUGGUGGCUUUUUAUCUCACGGAAAGCUAUGUAUGAAAAAUACCGCAAAUGAUGAACUUUGGCUUGCAAAUACAAGGUGUACAACAUUCCUCUUUCACUAGGAAUCUCUUGCCAAGAUAUUACUAGUCAUGACACGUACAUGGUCAGUAUAGUAAGAAUAGAAAUAUGUUAGAAAUAGAAAAAUCAAAGUUUCUGUGAUAUAAUGAUUUUUUUGUUUGAUCCAAAGAGUUGCAUACGAAGUACAUAGCCAGGUGGAUUUUGUCAUUUGUGUAGUUAUUGUUAUACUCCUUUUGUCUGUGGUUAAUAAAUGGCAAACAGUCAUUUACUACCUACUUAUCGUCGACUGCAGAAUCUGCAAUGUCAUCCAAAUAUAGUUUUAGUUCUUGAA